GUAUCGUCAUCGAUCGAUCAUGACUGCGGCGCUUCGACUACAGGCGGCGGCGAGGAUGCUCCAGCGAUCUCCGGCGGAGCAACGGCUCCGGCUGCCGCCACGGCGCCGGUUCGCCGUCGUUCCCCUCCGCUGCUGCCGAGAGGCUCUCGUUGGUGCAACUGCACGAGAGGCAGCAGGAGCUGUACCCCGUGCUCCUCGAGCUAGACAAGAGAAUACUAGGCAAACACCACAAGGCCACCGGCUUGAUCUUCCACACCAGAUACUCGGAUCUGCUCGGGAUCGUCCAAGCACGUCGAUCCUAGACCAAACGACUCCAACUGGCGGUGGUUUCGAGCCAAAGUGAUAUUGUCCAAUAGGUGCGCAUGGUUGGUGAGUUUGGGGUUCCUACAUUGCAUGUGCUUCCAUGAUUUCACCCUGUUUGCUGCAAAAGAGACUCCCGCGGAAGAAGAAGGAGAUGAUGUAGAGGAGGAGGAGGAGGGAUAAUUUUCAUAUAUCUCGAUUGGUGUCAGGUCUUUAGUUGCUCUAUAGUUUAUAUAUCAUGUUUUUAUCAUUCAGGUCUUUUCUGGAAUGCAAGGGAUCUAGGAGAUCCUCACAUGCAAACCUUUAUUGCUAAUUUUAUUUGACACUGAAACUAAAAGGCAAUCUUUUACAUA